UGAGCUGCACAUCGACGUCAUUUCCGGUAACAAAACGACUCCAUCUUGCAGAAGUCGGAGAGGAGGUUGGCAGUUCAAUUGUCGGGGAUGUACUCUUAAAAGAAAAUCAGGGGGUUAACGAUAAAGAUGUACGACUAAGGCGGCCAAAUGUUUUUAGGAACAGUAGGCUGCUCAUUCCCGUCAGAGAUCUUUUGCUGCAGAGAGAAAAUCCACCACAUCCCCUGUCUUUGACUGGUGUUGUUGUUGGUGCAGGUUUCCUGCUUUGUAUCAUGGAAAUGUGGGAGCAAGUCUAACAGGAAUUUAGCAGAAUACAUACCUAAGGGAGACGGCAGGAUCAAACAGUAGUGACUCUUCCCCUGCUGCAGAAGGUGGGAGUCCUUACUAUGAAACAUGGACCAAGGUGUAGUUGACAGUCCUGUCACCCUUGUCAUCAAGGCACCCAACCAGAAGUAUGAUGAUCAGACUAUAAACUGUUUCUUGAACUGGACGGUGGAGAAACUGAAAACGCACCUAUCCAAGGUGUACCCCAGUAAGCCGUCUUCCAAGGAUCAGAGGUUGGUGUAUUCUGGGCGACUCCUCCUGGAUCACCUGCAGCUCAGAGACGUGCUCAGGAAGCAAGAUGAGUACCACAUGGUUCACUUGGUGUGUGCAUCUCAGACGCCACCUGGAUCCCCCCAGCCAGGCGGCAGCGUUGGCGCCCCUGGAAUUCCCAUCCCAAGUCCCUCGACUGCAGACAGCUUGGGAGCUCCCUCUUCAGCUGCAUCCCCCGGUCAGGACGGCCAGCCCAACCCUGAUGGGCUGAGGCUUCGGGCAGGCUCCGCCCACAACUAUGCCUACAACCCCGCCUUCAUGCAAGGACCCUUGGGGGCCCGGUUGCCGAUGCAACAGGGCCUACCCGUGGGCGUCCCUGGCUACCCCAUGUACAGCACUAUGCAGCUGCUGUGGUGGCAGCAGAUAUAUGCCCGGCACUACUACAUGCAGUAUCAGGCAGCAGUGGCCUCCACCCAGACCCCCAGCCUGGACCAGCCUCCCACACCCGGCCUGCCUCCGCCCCCCCAGCCCGUCCUGCCCAACAACCCCCCCCACGAAGAGCGACCCGCCAACCCCAACAUUCAGAUGAAUGCCCAGGGCGGCCCGGUGCUGAACGAGGACGAGCUGAACCGCGAUUGGCUGGACUGGGUGUACACCGUGUCCCGCGCGGCCAUCCUGCUCAGCAUCGUCUACUUCUACUCCUCCUUCAGCCGCUUCGUCAUGGUGACGGGCGCCAUGCUGCUGCUUUACCUGCACCAGGCUGGCUGGUUCCCCUUCAGGCCCGAGUUCGACCCGCAGAACCCUGGAGGCGGGGCUAACCGGGAGGAGAUGGAGGCGGAGCCACACCGUGAGAUCCAGGAAAUGGAGCGGAUAAUGGACGAAGGGUUGGAGGAAGAGGAGGGGGACAGCGGGGAGGAAGGCCCCGACGACUCCAACGGCGGGCCCCGGCCUGGGUUCCUGUCCUCCGCCUGGUCCUUCAUCACUACUUUCUUCACAUCACUCAUUCCUGAGGGUCCGCCUCAUGCUGCCAAUUGAACCCAUGCAACACCACCUACUCCCCCAACCCCUCCCUGGAAACCCCACCCACUGGGGCUCCACUCCAUGCUGCUGCUGCUAACGAUCUUUUGAUUUCUGCCCUUGGCCAUUUGCUGAGCUCUCUGAGGCUCCACCCCUAGAUUGCCAAUCAGUCAAUCAAGCUCCAUCCCACGCUGUCAGCUGUACCCCACAAAAUACACAUAUAAAUACAAAAUGGUCAGCUGUUUUGUAAAAAAAAAUAAUAAUAAAUACAGUCCAAACCUGAGGGAGGUUCCAAAUCAACAGCAGUUUUCUGCUCAAUGCUUAAUGACAUUUUUCAGGGGCGGAGACCAACAACCCCACCCACCACCUGACUGCCCUUGUGAAAGACUCCCCCCUCAGAAAAAGUAAAAGCAAAAUAUGGUUUCAUCUCAAGGGGCAUUAUCCAAGAAACCAAAAUUUUUAGAUGAACGUUUCUUCAUAUGUAUAUAAGUACAGUAUCUAUUUACAUGUAUAAAUACCUACAUUUCAGUGCAUAAUGAACUUGAUUAGUUUGAAAGAAGCAUUUUGGAAUAAACCUGCUUCAGUUACCUUG